AUGAAGAGCAACAUCUGUGAGAGACUUCAAAAUCCAGGCAAUGAAGGAAACGUAAAGAAAAUGCAUCAAGAAAAGCAUAAGAAAGCACUUAAAUGCCUCUCUCAAAGGACAGUUGCAUUGAAGAUAUCUUAUAAUGGGGAGGGAUAUAGCGGGGUUUCCCCCCAAAAUGGGAGAAAGACUAUUGGUGGAAAUCUUGAGUAUGCUUUGAAGGCCACAGGGUUGGGGGAAAAGUUGGUAUAUGCAGGAAGGACAGAUUCAGGAGUGAGUGCAAUAAAUAUGGUAGCAUCUGGUGUUGUUAUAUCAAGAGUUUUGGAACCCAACAGAAGCUAUGUUAUUACGAAGGAUGAUCAUAAGGAAUAUAAAUAUGAUAUAAUGCUGAACAAUUAUCUUCCAUCAGACAUACGUGUAAUUGGAUGGGCACCUGUACCGGACACAUUCAAUGCAAGGUUUACAUGUAUACAAAGACAGUACAGAUAUUACUUCCAUAAGGAAGGCCUUGAUAUUAAUGAAAUGAAUCAAGCAGCAUCUAGAAUCAAAGACAUCAACAAUUUCUAUUACUUCAGCAAGCACUCCGAUAAAAAUGCCCGGUAUGAGAGGAAAUUAGACGAAUGCAGAAUAAUAGACGAUGGGGAUAUAUAUUACCUUGACAUAAAGGCCAGAGCAUUUUUACAUAACAUGGUCCGAAAGAUCGUCUGGGCUGUGCAGAAAUCUGGAAAGGGUGAAGAAUAUGACAUCCAAAGAAUAGGAACAUCAGAGCCAUAUCCGUUAGUCUUUUGUGGAGCUGUAUACCCCUAUGAACUUUCUUUCAUCAAUAAUCUUCGCUGCUGCUCAGAACUCCGCUACAGGAUGGAAAGAGACCAAAUAAACUACAAGAUAUCAAGAGACAGGCUGGAGCAUCUUGCCAAUGAGCUGUCUAAGGAAGUAAGAAGUGAUAGAUAA